AUGAUGAACUUUUCGACAAUUAAAGAGGUGGUAUAUUCGUUAAACCAUGGGAACACAAUAACCGUAUGUCUUGCUCAAACUCACCAUGAUCAUAUUCCAUUUAUAUCCACACUUGAAGUAAGAAGUUUGGAUUCAGAUACGUAUAAUUAUGUGGAUUCAGAUUAUCCCUUAUUUUUUCUUGCAAGAAGAGUAUAUGGUACUAACAGAUACGUAAGGUACUCAGAAGACAGUUACGACCGAAUUUGGUGGCCAGGCAAUGGACCAGAACAUGAUAGUACAGAUACUUGGGUGGAUAAUACAGCGCCAGUCGUUCAAGUCAACAUCUCCGAUAAAAUUCCCGAGGCCUUAUUCAGAACAGCAUUAACAUCUUUGAAUUCUUCUGGAGAGAUAUGGCGUUGGGGUAUAUUUAAAAAUCUUAGUGUUCCUCUGCAAUUCAAUGCGUAUUUUUCAGAAGUGAUUCAACUGAAUUCUACUCAGAAGCGUUCCUUUGACAUAAAAGUCCUUAAAACUGGUGAUAAUGUUGUUAGUGUUUAUGACACCGUGAUUCCACCUUACGGACACGCCCUAAAAGUUUGCAUUGAAAAUAUAACUACUAACAGUAGCGAUGUACUGGGUAUUGGUUUGGUACCGACAAAGGAUUCAACUCUACCUCCAUUAAUCAGUGCCCUUGAAGGAUAUGUUAUUGGUGAUAAAUUAGUGCAGGGAACCAAUUUAAAUGACGUGAAUUCAUUGGGUUUAUUGCAAAAGAGUUUCAACCAACUUCAAGACUGGCAAGAUGACCCUUGUUUACCAUCGCCGUAUACCUGGGAUUGGGUUGCUUGUGAUUCGGAUCCCGACUCUCCUCGUUUUACAGCACUAUAUCUGAAUGACCUUGGAUUAGUAGGCACCUUACCAGAUUUUAGUGCCAUGGAUGCUCUCGAAAUCAUAGAUUUGCACAAUAACAGUUUGAUUGAAGCAAUUCCUGAAUUUCUUGGCACAAUCCCUAAACUUAAAGUAUUGGAACAGCAGGCAGAAGGAGUAACAGAAUUGCUGAAAGAAGAAGAAUUACAAAUCUUGACCAACAAGAAGACAGAGUAG